AUGCUCUCGACAUACACUCUCUCUAUUAUCGGUUUGGUCCUUUUACUCGGAGUAUAUCUGUUAUCAGGUCUGGGCUCCAGGCCAAAGGGUUAUCCACCAGGUCCUCCAACUUUGCCAAUUCUUGGUAACCUGCAUCAGGUACGUGCUAAGCUUCCAGAAAAAUACAAACCUGACAUUGAACAAGAUCCCUCGCNNAAAAACGAAUACCUUAAAUUCACCAAAUGGGCCAGGGAGUAUGGGCCCAUCUACAGUAUCAUGGUUGGCAGUCAACCAAUGAUCGUCUUAAACAGUGUAGAGGUCGUCAAAGAGCUGUUGGAUAAGCGCAGUGCCAUCUAUUCAGAUCGUCCCGAAGCAUAUGCAGCACGAUACUACCCUGACAGCAAACUCCGAAUUGUGUUCAUGGCAACAAAGAACUAUGAUCCUUACCAAGAGAUGGAACGGAAGCAAAUGUUGGACGAGAUACUUACGAAUCCCGACAACGUCUUCUCGAGUCUCCAACGAUACACGACAUCCCUCACCGCUACACUGUUGUAUGGUUGGAGAGCUUCUUCGACCACCGAUCCCAGGAUCCACAAGCUUGAUCACGAGCUGGCUGCUCUGCAAAAUGCUCUUGGGACGACCGCCGCUGCUUUGCUUGAUGCCUUCCCGAUCCUGAGAUUUCUGCCUGAUGCCCUUCUUCCUGUCAAAGACAAGGUCCAUCGUGCGUUGAAGAUGGGCCAUGAAGUACAUAUGGAAAAUUGGUACGCUGUCAAGGAAAACAUCAAAGAUGGAACUCUUGGCUUCUGCAUGAGUAUCGGGCUUGCCAGAGCGCAGGAGAAGGACGGCAUCACGGACGUCGAAGCUGCUUAUGCUGUGGGCAACAUCUUUGAAGGCGGCAUGGAAACCACGUCGUCAACCUUGUAUGCUUUCAUCCAGGCCAUGGUGUUGUUCCCCGAGAUCCAAGCAAAGGCGCAAGAAGAGAUCGAUCGUGUCAUAGGUUCUGACCGUCUGCCAGUUAUGGCCGAUGCGGCCAACUUGCCUUACAUUAGACGAUGUGUGAAAGAGCUCGUACGAUGGUUUCCGGUCGGCCCCUUGGGCGCUGUGCCUCACGCGUGCACCCAAGAUGAUGAGUAUAUGGGAUACAAGAUUCCGAAGGGAGCACCAGUCAUCUUGAAUGCGUGGGCAAUCAUGACAGACCCAGACCGAUACGCAGAACCACGUCGCUUCAAUCCCGAUCGCUUUACCAAAGACAGUGACGAUGUUUCUAUGGCAGAAAUGGCAGCUCAUCCGGAUCCAAGCAAAAGAGACACUGUUGGAUUUGGAGCUGGCCGACGUAUCUGUCCUGGUAUGCAUGUCGCCAAUCGAAGCCUCUUCCUGGGUAUUACUGGAAUAUUGUGGUCGUUCUCGAUCACGCCAAAGAAGGAUGCUCAAGGUCAAGAGAUGUUACCCAACCCGGAUGACUUGAUUGUUGGGCUCGCAGCUAGACCUGCACCCUUCGAAGCGAAGAUCGUAUCUCGCGAUGAGAAAAAGGCGCGUAUCAUCAAGGAAGAAUGGAUGGUUGCUCAGAAACUGCUUGAUCCAGACACCAAGCAGUGGAAGGAGACGCCUAAAGGUGAUUGGGACGCUUCUCUCAGAGUCUAA